CACAAACAUGAAAGAAGCUGCUUCCAUGCACUUUUUGAUCUCCUCUCUCCGUCCCAAAUGUCGAUCAAAUCCCAAAUUCCACUGAAUUCUUGCCAAAGAACCCCAUAAUUUCCCUAUCGAUCACUGUAAUACAUUUGGUUGAUCAAAUUUAUCAGCAUAUUGUAAGGUUAGAGGUUGACUGCCAGAGAUGACAAUUCUUUACACGCUGGUGGCCAGAGGAUCUGUUGUUUUGGCGGAAUACAGUGGGACGUCGACGAAUGCCAGCACCAUAGCCAGGCAAAUUCUCGAGAAAAUACCCGGAAACAACGAUAUGAAUGUUUCGUACUCGCAAGAUCGGUAUAUUUUUCAUGUUAAGCGUACUGAUGGCCUCACGAUUCUCUGUAUGGCCGAUGACGUUGCCGGAAGACGAAUUCCUUUUGCAUUUCUUGAAGACAUUCAUCAAAGAUUUGCUAGGACUUAUGGUCGAGCAGUCCUAUCUGCCCAGGCUUAUGGCAUGAAUGAUGAGUUUUCAAGGGUUCUGAGCCAACAAAUGGAGUAUUAUUCAAAUGAUCCCAAUGCAGAUAGGAUGAACCGUCUGAAAGGUGAAAUGAGUCAGGUACGAAAUGUCAUGAUACAAAAUAUCGACAAAGUUCUAGAGAGGGGUGAUCGCUUGGAGUCACUUGUCGAUAAAACUGCCAAUAUGCAAACUAAUACGUUCCGUUUCAAGAAACAGACUCGAAGAUUCAGAAAUACAAUGUGGUGGAAAAAUGUCAAGCUCAUGGUUGCCUUGGUAUUUCUUCUUUUGGUGAUCGUGUAUAUCAUUCUGGUGUUUAUGUGCCACGGGUUUGCACUUCCUACUUGUCUAAGGUGAAGAUCAGAUCCAAAUGAUUUGGUAACUCCAAUUCUAGGGUUUUGAAUUAAAAAUCUCCAAUUUCAUGAAUCUGACUCUACUUCAGUGUUUCUUGUCCGCCUCAUGCACUUUUGUGAUGCAUGGGCAUUUGUUUUCUUGGUUAUUUGAGUGAACAUGGUAAAUUUUUCAUGCUUAGAAAGCUCUAUUGCAUUUUUC